AUGUGGCUGCCAGAAAUGAGCGAAAUGAGAUCCGAGUACCCGUGGGAGUGGCAGAAAUUGUAUCUGCCUUGGAUCUUGAACGAGGAGGCAGAUACAGUUGCUGCAGGCGCAAGCUUUCCCUUCGUAAGAGCAUCUCCGGUCUGGUGGGCCAAGUUUGGGUGGGUGGAGUCACGUGGUUACGUUCUGAAAUAA